UUAAAAUGAAUUAACUUUUCCCUGUACUACCUUUGACUAAAUUGGUAAGAUAAUACUGAAAUACUAAUACUUUAUUUAUUUGACGAAUUACUAAACAGGUCCGUAAUCUUUAUUAUUAUUUCAUUUUCUUUAUAAUAUAAUGAAAUAAAUUAUACGUGUACUAAUACGAAAAGCUUUUUAGUAUUUCGUAUUAGUCUUUGCAUAAUGCCAUUUUUGUAUCCGACAUAGAUAUUGCGUAAUCUAUGUCGGAUGCACAAAUGGCGUCAUACGAAAUUAAUUUAUUUUGACAAUGUAAAGAAAAAAAUUCACACGAUUUCUUGUUUUUGUGAUCAUAAUUUAAUGUAAUUAGAGCGAAAGAGGAUGUAAGAGGGAAAAAUUUAAUUUUCUGUUCAUACUUAAUAGAAUGUACGCUGAGAUCAUAUUAGACUUUUUUUAAUUACGUAUAUAUAUCAACGAAAAAAAAUUUGAAGAAUAAUUAGUUUAACGACCAACAGUAAAAAAAAAUUGAUUAAAGAAAACUCAUUAAACAUACCUGAAUUAAAUAAGUCGUACUUAAUUUAUUUUUCAACAACUUAAUUUUUAUAUAUAAAAAAUUACUUUUUAUUGAGUUUUUAAAAAUAAAUUAAGUGAUCCUUAUUUAGCCUAGAUAUCUUGAUUACCAGAUGUAUAUUAUAUCACGCAAAAAGUGAUAUUUAACCAUCAAUUGUAGCUCGCACGAAAUCGAUAUUUAUAUGAACUGAGAGCGUCAUAAACUGCUUCUUUUAUAUGGAAGAUAGUGCGUAUGUCUCAAUUAUUCGAUCGAGAGCAUGUGCAUGUAUUAUUGUGAGGAAAUCGAUUCACGAAACAUAUAUAUCACGCGUGUAAACAGUUCUCGCUGUUUUCCUUCGUUACUCAUAUCUCAUUUAUUAGUGUAUUUCUCAUAACUUUGCGGGAACAAGCCGCAUCCUUGAAUAUUUUAUUAAUCAUAACGUCACCAACUUGCUUCCGCGCGACCGCUUAUCUCGUUCCAUCUCAGAGCACAAAUAAAACUAAUACAACUCAAAUACGUACUGAUCAAAGGAUUGUAAACUGCUGUUUAGGCAAGUUUAAAGUAACGAUCGUAACACGAGAUACAAUAAAUUCGGACGAUCUUAAGCCAUUAAUCAAAUUACUAUUACGUUGAAAUUCAUAAACAAGUCUAUUUUUCUUUACUCAAAUAUCUUUAUUGAGCAAACAUUCUGUAUGAUAAAUGCAUUAUGAUCAUUAAACUCUGGAUAAAAGACACGAAAUAAUUUAUUUUAUCAUUAUUCAAUGAUUGAUUAGAGUAAGUAAUAAAUUAAUUGAUUUUACUUAUUUGAUUGAUUUAAUCACUGUGAAUUAUUUACAAGAAUUUAAAAUUUUUAAGAAUAAAAGUUUGAAAGAAAGAUUUCGAAAAGUUAUAAAUUUUAAUUAUGAUAACAGAAUCACAUUUAUUAAUUUAAGUCUUUGCUUGUUGAAAUAAUUAAUUUCGCAAGGAACAAUUUGAAGGAACUCAGAACACCUUUACGUAAAAAAAAACAAUGGGAUAACAAUCGAUAUGAUCCAAUCAGUACGAACGGUACACGUGCAUUUUACUCUUAGCAAAACUGCGCGUAAGUGGUAUAGCCGACUAUCUGAUCGGACAUGCGUCGCGCAGCUCCGCACAUAAUCUCGAUUCAAGCCUUUGCUCACUAGUGCACGUGUGGCACUCGUGUGGCGGAUUCAGACACGACUGUCGCUAGGACUUACCUGUUUCUUACCCGUCGUCUUUCUUCGGAUGGCAUUCGCGGCAACGAGAAUCACGAAGAGCAAGAUUUCAUGAUAUCAGGAUUCCUGCGAAAUGAGCAGAUCAUUAAACAUCAGCAGUGGCAUGACGUUGAAGACAAAGCAGAUAUUUCAUACUAAGAAGAAGCGUAAAAGGAACAACGUAACCUGGCAAAAUAUUUUGCCGUUCUUAAUGCGCCACAGGAAGGAUAAAGUAAGGGUAAUUGAAACUCAAUUUUUGGACUCUUACCCUCCAGCUCCGCCAAGGACACGUCCAUUCCAAAACGAUUUUGUCAACGAGCAAACUUUACUCAUGAGCAACAAUGAUCCAGAAAGCUUCCACUGUGCAAUAGGAUCAAUUUUAGUGUUGGCUCAAUUGUUCGGGAUUCUACCGGUCUCAGGAAUAUGCAGUCCGAGCCCGCUACAGUUGAAGUUUGUGAAAUUUUCGUUUCGCACUAUCUACACUAUUUUCAUAAGCGUGCUAGUGCUAAUUAUGGCGAUAUUGUCGGUGGUGCACAUGAUAAAAACACUAAACUCCGUAACUUUCGAAGUCAAAGGAGGAGUCGGGGCUGCCACGGCAGGCGCGAUGUUUUAUUCAAACUGCCUAAUAAGCACGUUAAUAUUUUUCCGGCUGUCGCCGCGUUGGACAACUCUGCAACGCGAUUGGAGAUCUAUGGAGCAAUUCAUAGACAGUAAUAAGAUGGAACGGCCGAAGCUACGUUUGAAAUUCAUCGUGAUAAGCGCUUCCAUUCUACUUCUAGCCGUUGGCGAGCACAUAUUGAGCAUAAUAGUGAACACCAAGAAAUACGAUUGGAGCGGCAAAUCGAAAAAUUCUACGUUCCAAAAUUUUCUGGAAAUAUAUUGCAUGUCUUCUCACGCGUUUAUCUUGGACUCACUGACGUAUAACUUUACGCUCGGUAUUUUCAUUUUUAUCGUCAGCAAACUGGCGACUUUCACAUGGAAUUUCACCGACGUUUUUAUCAUGCUGAUAUCUACCGGUUUGGCCGAAAGAUACAAAACGUUAAACAAGCACGUGAUGAGUUCUAUAUCGAAGCAUCGGACAGCAGACUGGUGUGGAUUGCGUGAAGAUUACGCUGUUCUUAGUUGCAUGGUGAAGAAGGUAGACAGCGAUAUCUGCGCCAUUAUUCUCCUGUCAUUCGCAAACAAUCUGUAUUUCAUCUGUUUACAGCUACUCAAUGGAUUGUCAAAACCGGCCGAAGGCAUACUUCACGAUAUAUACUUCUUCGGAUCUUUCAUGUUCUUAAUCAUCAGAACAGUGAUUGUCACUCUGCUCACUUCCAGGAUCCACGAUCAGAGCAAAGUGAUAUUGCCGCUGUUAUAUACUUGUUCAGCGUCCAGCUACAAUGUAGAGACAGAAAGGCUAAUAUAUCUACUCACCACUGAUGACAUCGUGCUUACCGGAAUGCGUUUUUUUUCUAUCACGCGGAACUUUAUGUUGGCGGUGGCUGGUGCAAUUGUAACGUACGAAGUCGUGCUGCUGCAAUUUAAUAUUGCAAUGACACCAAAUAAGAACAAUGAAUAAGCAAUAUUGUCGAAGGGCAAACUAUUGUAAAUUAGACUUUAAGAUAAUAUAAGUAUUUGUAUUCAUCAUUUUUAAUUAUUUGUAUUCAUAAAAAUAAAGCAUUAUAUGAUA